GGCAUUCCGGCAAAAGCCCAGCCAUCUCGAUUCUUAACAUCGAACACGGCAACACAAAAAAACAUAAACACAACACUUCUCCGGCAAACAAACAAUAAUCACUCAUAAUAUCAUCCUUAAUCGCUCCUUAAUCCCCAUACGAAACAACCUCCAUCAUUUGCAUAUAUAAAUAAAUUCCUUCGAUGCGGCGUCGUUUCUCUUCUAGGGCUUCACUUUUGUUGUUCCUCUCUUACAUAUUCCUCAGCUGCUUCCCAGAAUAUAUAGAAACAGCAACAGUAACGCUUGAAUCCAUCGAAAUUCUUAGAACUCAUGAAUGGCUACCCGUUGAACCACAAGUUUACUUCAGCUGUAAAGGGGAGAACAAGACAUUUUUGCCCGAUGUCAAGAAAAAGAAUGUCGUGUACGCUUUCAGGGGUCAAGAAUCUUGGCAGCCCCUGACAGAGUUUUCAAAUAAUAAAUGCAAGCGAUGUGGAUUAUAUGAAAAAGACAGCUUGAAAUCUGAUGAUGUGUUUGGCGAGUGGGAAUUUUGCCCAGAUGAUUUUACGGUCCCUAAUGGCCAGUAUGGCUACUCUGUAGAAAAGGAAUUUAAUGCUACAUUUUUUUGUCCGGACUGUGUUGCCAUGAAAGCAGAUAUAGAGAACUCCUCGGGCUCUGUGGAGAAAAAUGACAAGCAUCAUGACGGAGGUAGAAGAAUGCAUUGGACUGUGGUGGUAUUCACAAGUGCUUUAGCUUCAAGUGUUAUCAUUGUUGGAAUGGUUGCCGCAUAUAAGUUUUGGCAGAAAAAGAGGAGAGAGCAUGAGCAGGCUCGUUUUCUUAGACUUUUUGAAGAGGAUGAUGAUAUUGAAGAUGAGUUAGGAAUCGGCCCCUUUGGUGGCUCUGUGUAAUUGUUCUGUUCUUUUAUAUGAUUACAUGCCUAACCACAGAUACGCUAUAUGUGCAGUUAUAUUUUUCACUUAUAUGGAAGAUGUAGAUAUAAGAUUAUAUA